AUGAACGUCUAUCAGCGUUUCUCUCCAAAGCAGGGCAGUGCCCUCUCGCCGGAUGGAUGCAAUAAAUCACCUGGACGCUCAAAUGGCCUGGCACUGUCGCCACUUGCUGAAUCAACUCCACGUCGGCGGCAUUAUUCAGGCAGCGCCCCUCGGGCUCCUUCUAUUCUCAAUGGAAUUCGCAAUCUUGUGAAUCGACCAAGAAGCGAGAGCCUCAAUACACAAACUAUGAAGAAGCCACUUCGUAAAGUUCAGAUAGCUGGCUGCAAACUGGAUUCAGUGUAUGACUUGCGAGAAGAUAGCAAUGGUGACUCGGAAAAUGGCGAUUUGUAUGAUGAUGAUCUUGCUUUUCGAAGACCUCGAAGCAACAGCUCGGAUUUUCUCAUACUUCGCAAAACUUCACGCCCACUUUCUGUUGAUGUAGUUGGACUUGUUGAUGCUCAACACGAUCCAUACCGCCAAUACAUGAAAGUGGUUGAUUGUUAUGAGCUAGCUCCCGUCAACAGUGAUGUGAUCAUUUUGGACAAGAAACUUAGCGUUGCUAAAGCUUUUGGUGUCUUGUGCAAGCACAAUCUAGGAGCUGGAAUAGUUUGGGAUGGAGAAAAGAAUGCUAUCUCAUCAAUUGUCACUUUGACCGAUUUUCUCAUUCACGUUCAAAAAGCUGAGGUGUCAGCAAUGAUGAAUGAACCAUUGGAAACAAUUUUAUCACCAAACGCUUUAGUGGCACUGAAUUCGGAUACAAAAAUUUUCAAUGCUUGUGAGGAAUUUGCACUGAAUCGAAUUCAUCGUCUAGUGAUACUCGAUCCAAGCUAUGGAGAUGUUCACUACUUGUUGACAAUUAAGCGAGUACUUCAAGCGAUUCAUAAACAGAAUCGAUCACUACAUUUUGCUCAAUGGCUGAAUUAUCAAAUCAAGGACACUGGAAUCGGCCUUUGGAGUGGAGAAGUUUUUAAGGUCUCCGUAGACGAUCCGCUCUCAAAAGCGGUUCAGCUUAUGCUAGGAUAUCGCAUUUCUUCCUUACCAAUAGUGAACAAAGAAGGUAUGGCUAUCGAGGUUCUGCACAAGUUCGAUAUUGCGCAAGCGAUUUGCCAAGUAGAUGAUCCAAAGACCUUCCUUACCACGUGCAGGGUUGGUGAUGCAAUUCCCACACGAGAACCGCCAUUCUUUGCUUUUGAGUAUACUCCUGUUGCUCAAUGUUUGGACGCUUUGCUCUCUCAAAAGGGAAAUCGUUGCCUUUUCAUUGUUAAUCAAAGACAGGAACCAACGGCUUGUGUUUCGCUUUCCGAUAUAAUGUUCCACAUGUUGUACGAUAAAAGACCAUUUCAAGCCACAACCGUUGAUGGUCCAGAUAAAAACAAUGGUUUGGUGCUUCAG